UUUGUUUUUCAAGCACAGAAGCAUGGAAAGAAAUUAAAAUUGGUUGAACUGUCGGCGAGAGAUGAUGUUAUCUGGAUGGAUUCCGCAUCAGCUGCUGCUGCUCCUCCUCCUGGCGAGCGGUAUGGUUCUCGAAUCUGCGGCAGCCAGCUUUUGCACCAAGGCAGAUCAGUGUGCUGUAGGUGAGGAGGUCAAUCCCGCUACGAGUGUGGCCCAGGCGCGCUACGAUCACACCCGGAUCUACCAAGUGCAGCUAGCCAGCGAGGAACAUGUGCGUCUCUUUCAAGCUUUGGAGUUGGCCAGCGACUCCUGUUCGUUCAUGGGUCACGCCCGAGUUCCGGGCCAAAAGCUAACCAUUAUGGUAACGGGCUCUAAAGUGGCGGACUUCGACGACCUCGUACACAGCUACAACGUGACCCACCGCGUCCUGAACUACAACUUCCAGGCCCUGAUCGAUGCCAACUAUCUAGAAGUGGCUCCUGAAAACACUCCCGCUGAUCAGUUCGACUGGAAAAGGUAUCAUCCUCUGGAGAGCAUAUACAAGUGGCUGGAGCACUUGGCAGAACAGCAUCCCUCGGUGGUUACUCUUGUAGAUCUGGGCCCCAGCACUCAGGGAUUGCCCAUCAAAGGAGUGAGGCUUGCCUUCGGUCGCGAGAAUAUCCCUAGUGUUUUUGUGGAGAGCGGAAUACAUGCCCGGGAAUGGAUUGCUCCGGCGACAGCCACAUAUAUUAUAUAUCAACUUUUGAACUCGAAGGAUUCAGAAAUCCAGGAACUGGCCCGCUCCCAGAACUGGUUGAUAUUCCCCACUGUUAACCCCGAUGGAUACCGCUACACUUUCGUGGGAGAUCGCAUGUGGCGCAAAAAUCGAGCCCUCUUUGGCAUCUGCCGGGGAGUAGAUCUGAACCGGAAUUUCCCCUUCCACUGGAACGUGACCGGAGCUAGCGGGGAUCCCUGUCGCUACGAUUAUUCCGGACCUUCAGCAGGCAGCGAAGUGGAAACCCAGCGGAUAGUCCAGUACCUGGAGCAGCACGCUCAAGGCGAUAGGAUAAAAACGUUUAUAUCCCUGCACAGCUAUUCUCAGAUGAUCAUGUUUCCCUAUGGACAUACGCCGGAGCGCGUGGAGAACUACCAGGAUCUGAAAGAGAUGGGACAGUUGGCGGCUCAGCGAAUCAAGGAUGUCAGUGGACGGAUCUACAAGAGCGGCAGCAUCUACGAGACCAUUUAUCCCUCUAGUGGUGGAUCCAAGGACUGGGCCCAUGGUCAUCUGAAGAUUCCAAUUACCUACUCGUACGAGCUGCGUGGUCCGGCGGAAAGCGAGGAUCUGUUCAUCUUGUCGGCCCGGGAGAUCGAGCCCACGGCCAGCGAAGCCUUCGCCUCUCUCCAGACGAUCGUGCAGGAGGCUGGCAAACGUGGCUAUUACCACUGAUCCGUUGCUCCUCCGGAUCCAACGGCUGCAACCACCAACUUGGAGAGCACCAUCUGAUGAUGAUAAAUGUCGUCUGGCCUGGCAGUUCACAUGAAAAACACAUUACGCGCCAUCGUUUCUUAAUGCUAAAUAAUGAUGGCAAAAUCAUGACACAAAACUUCAUAAUAAUGUUGGUAAAUCAAAGCAAAUAUAGUCAGACUCGAACAACCUUA